GAUGCUUGCAUAAAUGCUUGCUUUUUUCCUACAGAGAGAUUUCCUUGUUCAAAUAGACGAUCUUUGUUCUGAAACCCCCCUCCACCCCCCCUUGCAGGCGUCAUUUGAUACCAUAGCAACCGUGCCAGCAUCAGAGCUCCAGCGGCUGCAGCAACAGCUCCUGUAUCCAUGGCAACUCGAACAGAGCAGCUUGCUCAGCCCAAACCCAACCUGCUCAGAUAUCCAAACCGUCAAUCUUUGUACUGGCUGGAUAAGCUGCCGCCAGAGAGGGCCGGAUCCACUACCACAUUUGAAUUAACGCAUCGCUGGGCACAGCUGUGUAGGAGAAAGAAGUCCUACCCUCAAACUCAAAUCAGGGUGUCUCCCACAUGGGAAGUGAAUCAGUGUGCUCUGAGGGCCAUUCCAUCUGAGCGACUGUGCUGUCUGGCUCAACCUCGUCUUCCUGUCGCUGACUGGCAGCCCAGCCGCCCACUGCCGGCUGCGCUGAGUCCAGCAGUGCGGUCUGUGGUUGCCAGUCCACGGAUUUGUGAGCUUGCGCAGCCCAAGAGACGGCUGGGUCUUCAUGGAUCUACCCACGAAUCCAAGACCGCACCGGUGUCCUGCAAGCCCUGCAAAGCAUCAGCACACAUAGAGCUCCUUGCCACCCCCAAACACGACCACCCGAAUUACCUUGGAGAGCGCUCGAUGAGCUGGUCUGUUUCCAUGGCAGCAAGAAAUGCAGUAGCUAGCGAGAGAAUUUUGGAGCUGUCCCAUCCCAAACAGAGAAAGGCUCUGUUUGAGGGCUACAACCCCUACAUCGUAAGCCGGGCAGCCCGCUCAGCCAGCCCCUCACCUCGGUUGCAGGAGCUCAGUUUGCCCCUGCCCCGCAAAUGCACCACAAAAGGAUGGAGGGAUGACAUUAAAAUGUAG